GCGCCCCGCGAGCGCGCCUCAGUCCCUACCCUCCUCGCGGGGUCCAGAGACAGAGGCCCGAGCCGCGACCGGCUGCCUGCCCGCUUCCUCGCCUCGCCUCGCCUUGCCCUUCCGCCGGGGAGGGGCCGGGGCCAGGGCCAGAGCCAGCUCGGCCAGGCCAGCCAGCGCCACCAUGAGCGGCCAAUACCAGGACGAGAGCUGCUCAGAGAGGCCCGAGAGCUGCAAAAGUAAAUCGCCAACUUUGCUCUCCUCCUACUGCAUCGACAGCAUCCUGGGCCGGAGGAGCCCCUGCAAGAUGCGGCUGGUGGGCGCCGCCGCCCCCUCCUCCGCCCUGGCGCCGCAGGACAAGGCCGGGCAAGGGCCGGGCCUGGAGGCCUCCGAGCUGCACCUUCCUCCCAAACUGCGCCGCCUCUACGCUCCCGGCGGGGCUCGGCUGGUGUCGCGGUCCGAGGCAGGGGCCUCUUCGUGGGAGGCGCUGAAGAUCAGCCAGGCGCCGCAGGUGAGCAUCAGCCGCAGCAAGUCCUACCGGGAGAACGCGCCCUUCGACGACGGAGGAGGAGGAGGGGGAGGAAGGCCCGCCCGCGACGAGGAAGACCUGCUGGAGGAGGAAGACGACGACGACGAGGACGACGACGACGAGCUGGAAGAGGAGCUGCUGGACGAGGAGGAGGACGAGGCGCUGUCCGAGGCCCAGGAGGCCCGUCGGGGCGGGGUGGGGAUGGGGAUGGGCCCGGGCCCGGCGCCCCCGCCCGCGCCGCUGCCCCUCCAGCCGCCUCCACCGCCCCCCGAGGGCGCCUCCGCAGAGGGGUCCCCGAAAGAGGAGCUCUCGCUGCUCCCGGGCGACGAGGGCAAGGACGGCGAGGACGGCGUGUGCCUCUCGGCGGGCAGCGACUCCGAGGAAGGGCUGCUCAAGAGGAAGCAGCGCCGCUACCGCACCACCUUCACCAGCUACCAGUUGGAGGAGUUGGAGAGGGCCUUCCAGAAGACCCACUACCCGGACGUCUUCACCAGGGAAGAGCUGGCGAUGCGCCUGGAUCUGACCGAAGCCCGCGUGCAGGUCUGGUUCCAGAACCGGCGGGCCAAGUGGCGGAAGCGGGAGAAAGCGGGCGCGCAGAGCCACCCUCCGGGGCUGCCCUUCCCGGGCCCGCUCUCGGCCUCGCACCCGCUCAGCCCCUACCUGGACGCCAGCAGCCCCUUCCCGCCGCACCACCCGGCCCUCGACUCCGCCUGGACCGCCGCUGCCGCCGCCGCUGCCGCUGCCGCCGCCGCCUUCCCGGGCCUCCCGCCUCCGCCGCCCGGCUCCUCCGCCGCCCUCGCCCCCGGCGCCGGAGCCCCGCUCGGGCUCAGCACUUUCCUCGGCGCCGCCGUCUUCCGACACCCGGCCUUCAUCAGCCCCGCCUUCGGAAGGCUCUUCUCCACCAUGGCCCCGCUGACCAGCGCUUCCACCGCGGCGGCGGCGCUGCUCCGCCAGCCUUCUCCGGCGGCGGUGGAGAGCGCGGUGCACUCGGGGGGCGGCGGCGGGGGCGGCGGGGGCCUCUCGGACCCCUUGGCGGCGGCGGCGGCGGACCGGCGGGCCUCGAGCAUCGCGGCGCUGCGGCUGAAGGCCAAGGAGCACGCGGCGCAGCUCACGCAGCUCAACAUCCUCCCCGGGAACAGCGCCGCCGGCAAAGAGGUCUGCUAAGACAGGCACGGGGAGAGCGAGAGAGAAAGUGACAGUCAACCAGAGACUGAAAGAAUGACGAAUCCAAGACCAAAACCACGUUGGGGAGGGGGGGGGGGAGAGCAGGGAGGGGGGAGCGGGGAGACUUGGGGAAAAGGGAAAGGAAGCGGCAACGAGAACCCGAAGAGGCAGGACUGAGGAGGAGACAGACGUCCGCCGCAGAGAAGGCUGAACGAAGAAGCAGCGCCAGGGAAGGGAAGGGAGAGGAAGGAGCUCCGUCCCUCGUCCGCCCAAAUAGACGGAGCGAGAGACCCCGCCGAGCAUUAGAGAGGGAAACGGAGCUCCACAGCCCGCCUCGCUCUCUCUCUCCUUCCCUGGGAGUUCAUUUGUCGCCCCAAUACCUUCCACGUUACUUCGUUUGGAAACCUCAACGUGGAAGCAAAAGGGGCUUCUUCUCCUUCUGCUGCUGCUGCUAUUCUCAUGUUUCCUGGCAAGGCCAAAAAAUAACAUAAAAUAAAAAUAAAAGCCAGUGACUGUGCGGAGACGGCGCAAAAACAACAAACAAACCAACAACAACAACAACAAAAAACCUGAACCAGGGCGGGUGGUGAUGGCUGGGUCUCUCUUUUUUUUUUUGGUCCUCCGAUCGCUACACCAACCAAGGGUUUUUUUAUAGCAAACCAAAGGGAAAAAAUAUACAGUGCUAGAUAAAAAAUAAAUAUGGACUGUUUAAAAAAUAAUAAUAAAAUAAAUAAAAACGAAGUCACGAAACUGUGAUGCUCGAUAGAUUGCUGUACAUAUACCAUUGUUAUUAAAAAAUAUUCCGACAAAGACAAAAAAAACCCAUACCAUCCCCCAAAACAAAAUGGCAGAGCUUUGUAUAUUCGAAAUGUUAUAUACGAAUUGCACUCUGUGUAGUUGUUUGUACCCGUUUGUCAUUUCUGUAGAUUCUUACUGUGUUGUAGAUAAAUAACCCUAGGGGCCCUAGACAAAUAUUUAUGUACAAACCCUUUAUUUAACUUAUGAACGGCAGAGAUGGCUGAUAUUCAGGAGACAGAGAGAGAGCAGAAGGAAGAAAGCAAAGAAGGAAAGGCGUUGGUACUUUUGUGUAAUGUUGUUGUUCCUCUCACUUUUCUUUGCGCUCAAGCGGGCAAGUGUCACCCAUAGAAAAUAAAACUAUAUCUCUAUA